AUGACCGACCAUCACCCAGCGAAUAUGAGAGCUCAUGAUCAAGAAGAUCCACUCCAGUCUAUCGCAGACAUUGACGGGGGUUGCCCUCAGGAAUGGUCCCGCAAGUGCUCGAGAUGCACUUCAGUCCAGCCAAGCAGCCCUGACGCCGGCGAAACCGUGCAGCCUGUGCACCCCAACAGCGAUGGCGACCACAGCGGCAGCAGUGGCAGUGGCAGCAGCGAGAAAUCAGAUAGCAACACGCCGCGUCGCCAUGCUGAUUCAAGGGACCAAGACUCCCACCUUGGCCUAUGUUUUCCUGGCGGCAUGGACACACCGUCAAUAAGCACACAGGCAUCCUUGUCCUUUGGAACCCAAACAAGCAAUGGGCCAACGUUGACUGAGCCAGAAGAGCCAAACGAGUCCGAGGAGGAAACGGAACCAAGGGAUACUGGCAAUAACAGGAGGAACCUCAAGCGCAAAGCCCCGAGGUCUUCGGAGUCACCCGAGAGGGUCCGUCGUCGUGAAGGAUACGAAGGCAGCCUGUAG